AUGUCUGGACUUGAUGAUACUACAAAACAAGCCUUAAAAAAGAUUCCAUUGUUAAAAACUAAAGCUGGUCCAAGAGAUGGUGAUUUGUGGAUACAAAGACUAAAAGAAGAGUAUGAAGCAUUGAUUACUUUUAUUAAUAAUAAUAAACAAAAUGAUUGUGAUUGGUUUCGUCUUGAAUCUAAUUCUGAUGGUACUCGUUGGUUUGGUAAAUGUUGGUAUUAUCAUAAUAUGAUAAAAUAUGAAUUUGAUGUUGAAUUUGAAAUUCCUAUUGCCUAUCCAACAACAGCUCCAGAAAUUGCACUACCAGAGUUGGAUGGUAAAACUGCUAAGAUGUAUCGAGGAGGUAAAAUUUGUCUUAGUGAUCAUUUUAAACCAUUAUGGGCUAGAAAUGUUCCUAAAUUUGGAAUUGCACAAGCAUUUAGUCUUGGAUUAGGUCCAUGGCUAGCUGUUGAAAUUCCUGAUCUCAUUGAACGUGGUGUUCUUGGAAAAGAAGGAAAAAAAAUUGAAUGA